AUGCACGUACUCAUCCUCGGCGCAACAGGCCGCAACGGCGCCCUCGUCCUCGCCGAAGCCCUGGAGCGGGACCACACCGUCACCGCCCUCGUCCGCGACCCCUCCGCCGCGGCCCUCGCCCCUCACCCGAACCUCACCCUCGUAAAGGGCAGCCCCCUCUCCCUCCCCGACCUCCGCGCGGCGAUGCGAACCCCUCCCGGCGACGGCCCGGACGCCGUCGUCGUGGCCCUCAACGCCCGGCGCGUCUCCGACUCCCCUUUCGCCGCCCUCCACCCGGACACCCCCGCCGCUCUCGUCCACGAUUCGGUCCGGAACGCCCUCGAGGCCAUGCGGGACGACGACGGCACGCUGCCCCGGGCCCGGAAGCUCGUCAUCAACAGCAUGCAGGGCGCCGGCGCAAGCAACCCUAGCCUCGUCCUCCCGCUCCGCGUGCUCUUCAACCACAGCAGCAUGAGGCACACCCUAGACGACCACAAUGCCGUUGACGCGCUCGUCAGGGGCGACCGGGGCGACGGCGUAGACUGGGUGCUGGUCCGGCCGCCCAUGCUCACCGAGGGCGAGUCACUGCCGGUCAAGGUUUACGGCGACGAUGGCAGCGGGGUAAGCUGGGUGCCCAGGAUCACGCGGCGGAGCGUGGCCAAAUUCAUGGUGGACGCCAUCGAGAAGGACGAGUGGAACCGCGGGGCUCCGGUCAUCACCAACUGA